AUGAGUCUUCCACUGCUGAAGCUUGGCGCUGUGCUUAGCACCAUGGCAAUGAUAUCAAACUGGAUGUCCCAAACUCUCCCAUCCUUGGUAGGACUGAACACCACGAGGCUAUCAACGCCAGAUACCUUAGUAAGUCACUCCGGUGGGUUUGGCCGUCUUGGGAAGGCUGACAGUUCCCUUCCCAGUAAUCCCAAAGAAGGGUGGCAGGUAUACAGCUCAGCACAGGAUCCUGAUGGACGAUGCAUUUGCACAGUGGUUGCUCCAGAACAAAACCUGUGCUCCCGGGAUGCCAAAAGCAGGCAGCUUCGCCAGCUGCUGGAAAAGGUUCAAAACAUGUCUCAGUCUAUUGAAGUCUUAAACUUGAGAACUCAGAGAGAUUUCCAAUAUGUUCUAAAAAUGGAAACCCAAAUGAAAGGGCUGAAGGUCAAGUUUCGGCAGAUUGAAGAUGACCGGAAGACACUAAUGACCAAGCAUUUUCAAGAGUUGAAAGAGAAGAUGGACGAGCUCCUGCCCUUGAUUCCUGUGCUGGAACAGUACAAAACAGAUGCCAAGUUAAUCACCCAGUUCAAGGAGGAAAUCCGGAAUCUGUCUGCCGUCCUCACUGGAAUUCAGGAGGAAAUUGGAGUCUAUGACUAUGAGGAACUACAUCAAAGGGUGCUUAGCUUGGAAACCAGACUUCGUGACUGCAUGAAAAAGCUAACAUGUGGCAAACUGAUGAAAAUCACAGGCCCAGUUACAGUCAAGACAUCUGGAACCCGAUUUGGCGCUUGGAUGACAGAUCCCUUAGCAUCUGAAAAAAAUAACAGAGUUUGGUACAUGGACAGUUAUACUAACAAUAAAAUUGUCCGUGAGUACAAAUCAAUUGCAGACUUUGUCAGCGGGGCCGAAUCAAGGACAUACAACCUCCCGUUCAAAUGGGCAGGAACUAACCAUGUUGUCUACAAUGGCUCACUCUAUUUUAACAAGUAUCAGAGUAACAUCAUCAUCAAAUACAGCUUUGAUAUGGGGAGAGUGCUUGCCCAAAGAAGCCUGGAGUAUGCUGGUUUUCACAACGUUUACCCUUACACAUGGGGUGGGUUCUCUGACAUCGACCUAAUGGCUGAUGAAAUCGGGCUGUGGGCUGUGUAUGCAACUAACCAGAAUGCAGGCAAUAUUGUCAUCAGCCAACUUAACAAAGAUACCUUGGAGGUAAUGAAGAGCUGGAGCACUGGCUAUCCCAAGAGAAGUGCGGGGGAAUCCUUCAUGAUCUGUGGGACACUGUAUGUCACCAACUCCCACUUAACUGGAGCCAAGGUGUAUUAUUCCUAUUCCACCAAAACCUCCACAUAUGAGUACACGGACAUUCCCUUUCAUAACCAAUACUUUCACAUAUCCAUGCUUGACUACAAUGCAAGAGAUAGAGCUCUUUAUGCCUGGAACAAUGGUCACCAGGUCCUAUUCAAUGUCACCCUUUUCCACAUCAUUAAGACUGAGGAUGACACAUAA